GUGCCCCCCUGCCCUGGUCCGCAUGCUCAGGUGCCCCCCUGCCCUGGUCCGCGUGCUCAGGUGCCCCCCUGCCCUGGUCCGCGUGCUCAGGUACCCCUUCCUGCUUGCUCUGAUUAUACUGGCCAAUGGAGGCCCCCAGGCCCUCGUGCAGAUCAUGCGUAACUACAGUUAUGAGAAGCUGCUCUGGACCACCAGCCGCGUGCUGAAGGUGCUGUCCGUGUGUCCGAGCAAUAAGCCUGCCAUUGUGGAGGCUGGUGGGAUGCAGGCCUUGGGCAAACACCUCACGAGUAACAGCCCCCGCCUCGUGCAGAACUGCCUCUGGACCCUGCGCAACCUCUCGGAUGUGGCCACCAAACAGGAGGGCCUGGAGAGUGUGCUGAAGAUUCUGGUGAACCAGCUGAGCGUGGACGACGUCAACGUCCUCACCUGCGCCACGGGCACACUGUCCAACCUGACGUGCAACAACAGCAAGAACAAGACGCUGGUGACGCAGAACAGCGGCGUGGAGGCGCUCAUCCAUGCCAUCCUGCGUGCCGGCGACAAGGACGACAUCACCGAGCCCGCCGUCUGCGCCCUGCGCCACCUCACCAGCCGCCACCCCGAGGCCGAGAUGGCCCAGAACUCCGUGCGCCUCAACUACGGCAUUCCGGCCAUCGUCAAGCUGCUCAACCAGCCCAACCAGUGGCCGCUGGUCAAGGCAACCAUUGGCCUGAUCAGGAAUCUGGCCCUGUGCCCAGCCAACCAUGCCCCACUGCAGGAGGCAGCGGUCAUUCCCCGCCUUGUCCAGCUGCUGGUUAAGGCCCACCAGGAUGCUCAGCGUCACGUGGCUGCGGGCACACAGCAGCCCUACACGGAUGGCGUGAGGAUGGAGGAGAUCGUGGAGGGCUGCACUGGAGCCCUGCAUAUCCUCGCGCGGGACCCCAUGAACCGCAUGGAGAUCUUCCGGCUCAACACCAUUCCCCUGUUUGUGCAGCUCCUGUACUCUUCCGUGGAGAACAUCCAGCGUGUGGCAGCCGGGGUGCUGUGCGAGCUGGCCCAGGACAAGGAGGCCGCCGACGCCAUCGACGCUGAGGGGGCCUCGGCCCCACUCAUGGAGCUUCUGCACUCGCACAAUGAGGGCACCGGUGAGCGAG